GACCAGUCGCAGAUGGAAAUGUGUGAGUCAAGCCUGAGUGGUUCGGGCCUCGGAGUGUCACGUUUCUCUCAGCCCUCCUGAGGUGUGGCUUUCCAAACAAUAUAUUUGGAUCCAAGAGCCCUCCCUGUUUUCUGCCCCCUUGACACAUACUUACCUUCAUCAAAGUCUCGAACCCAGACUGUGUCGCUAAUGCUCCUGUCUGAAAAUGCUCCGCCGUGCAGCCUGUUUUGAAAAAGAGGAAGUGCCACGGUCUCCUCAACCACAUCCUCUCAAUUCAGUUCAUCUUCCUAGUUGACUCUCAGAAACGCUUUUCUUUUACAACUACAUUUUAAACAGAGGGCAGUUUGACGACCCGCAGUGCUAGAUUUCGGAACAAGCUUCCUUCAAAUUUGAAUACAAUCCUCAACUUCUUGCAGGCUUUUUUGACAGUUAGGUUCACGACAGUAAGGGGAAUCGGUUCAGCCGGGAUCUCCCGAUUGUGUUGGUUGCUCUCACUUUGCUAAAGAUUCUGCCAACUAGCCAAAAGUGGUGAAUCUAUCCCCCUGACAAGAAGAGAUGGAGGCUGACAUCUUUGACUAUCACAAAGAGGAAGAGUCCCUGCGUGUUGAGUCUUUUCAGGGAGAAAAGAGGAAAGUCAUUCAGGCAGCAUCUUUAAAAGACCCCCAAUUUAAAAAGCUGAAAGAGGAAUUGGUGGAUUGGAUCAAUAGGACUUUAAAACCAGAGCACAUAGUGGUUCAGAGUCUGGAGGAGGAUCUGUUCGAUGGACUGGUGCUUCAUCACCUGCUGUCCAGGCUGGCUGGGGUGCAUUUGGCUGUGGAGGAGAUUGCUCUGACAGGCUCUGCUCAGAUUCACAAGCUGGAAUUGAUCCUGGGGGAGCUGGACAAGAAGCUGGGUGUGCAGGACGGCGGCCCGACCAAAUGGAACGUCAACCUCAUUCACAACAAAGACCUUCUGGCCACUAUUCAUCUGCUGGUUGCCAUGGUAAAAUCGUUCCAGCCUGAAUUGGAUCUGCCACCCAAUGUGAAGGUUGAAGUUGUAAUUGUUGAAGUCACUAAGAGUGGAAUCAAAUCAGAAAUCCAGGUAGAGGUCCUAACGGAAGACAGCAGCAACAAGGCCUCGGACUCCUCUGCAGAUCCUGAUAGGGAAGAUUCCAUUGACCAGCUGCUGAAACUGGAGGCUCAUAAGGUCAACACGGUGAAGAAGGCCAUUCAACAUUUUGUUAACAAGAAUAUGAUUCAUUUGGGCCUACAUGUGGCUGACAUGGACAAACAGUUUGCUGAUGGAGUGAUUCUGCUGCUGCUGAUUGGUCAGUUGGAAGGCUUCUUCAUCCCACUCUUUGACUUCCACUUGACCCCUGUCAAUGAAACGGAGAUGCUUCAUAAUGUCAGUUUGGCGUUGGACCUUCUGAACGAUAUUGGCCUUUCCCUGCCCGGCAUUGAUCCACAAGAAAUAGUCUCCCAGAACAUUGCAGCCACCUUGAAGAUCCUGUACGCCCUGUUCAAGAAGCACAAAGGGAAAUGAGAAAGAGGCUCACGCAAAGAAAAAGGCAGCAACUGGAAAUACAAACAAGGGUGGGUGGAGCCACCCUUUUUCUGUUUUUCUGAUGGGCAUUUUUCUGUAAUUUCAACAUUUUCAAAGGGACAUUCUGCUUUCAUGGUUUCAUUCAGAUGAUGGCCAGAACUCACUGGAGAAUCUACUGAUGAACAUUUAGCCAUUGUAAGAUUAGAAAUUUGGAAAAACAUACAUUUCUAAAGUUUUUUUUAUGACAAACUUACAAAGUUUGAGUGAAAAAGUAAAUGUCUGACAGACAUGUAUCAUAUUUUAAAGAUGACAUCCCAAUUCCGAAUAUUUCAUCUAAUAGAAGCAGUACUGUAAAGUUCAAGGUUGGGUUAAUGGAAGCAGCCACAGCUGCAAUUGGCAGAAGUGUAUCUGAAAAUUAAAAGUAAAAUGCAUUAAGUAACGGUUCAGACUGGACGACUGGACCACAGGAUAGGAAUGCAUGACUUAGGCAGCUGAUGCGAGACAGCUAAUGUCCACACACAUUUAUCGAACUGCCUCUAAAAACUCAAUGACAUGAGAAAACAACACAAAGUGAAAUAAUGUUUACCAUAUGUUUGAAAAAUGUAACCUCACUGAUGUCAUUUGGUUUGAAUUACUUGGUAUUCCUUCACUAUUUUCAAUGUGACCAGAUGAGCUACAUGCAUGCUCAUCAAAUGUAAUUAAAGUAUGUAGAA